UAUUUCCCGAUCCAAUAUGUUUCUUGAAGGGUAGUUAACACCUAAUAACAGAUGAGAGACUCAAUAAGGUGUAGAACAGUGAAAGCAUUGUGAAAGAAAAGUUAACCAUAAGACUGGAUUUAUUCAUUUCACCAUGCCCAUGUGCAGGUUCAGCAUUGCUUAAUAUGACAUGAAUCACAGAACCAAGAUUUUUGAAUCCCGUGAAGAAGGUAAUCAUUCAAAGAGAAAGCCAGGGCUCUUUGAUUUGCAUGGAAUCAACUUUACUUUUUUAAGUCAUCAUUUGUAGAACUGGUAGUGGUAUCUCUUUUCUCUAUUGUUUCAGUCAUUUAUAUCUAAAAAUAAUUUACUUGGGUUUUCAUUGUUCUGUAGCAGAAAUUUUUAUGAUGGUAGUAUUUCAUAUUCCAGUUAAAGUUGGCCAUGAAGGAGAGAAAAUUCAACCGAACCCCAUGAUCUCAUCCAGGCGCUCGAAACAACCUCUUUUCUUGCUACUUGCCUCCACUUGCAAAAUCUCCACACUUUUCUAGACGUAACCAUCGUUCAAUCGUUCAAGUGACUCCGGCAGAGUGGACCUCGUCUGAGAAUGAUUAUCCCAACUAGACAGAAUGGUUACGAUAGCCCAACAAAACUCUUUGAAAAAGAAGAUUAUCACCGUCGAUCUGUCGUGCGAUUUCUCCAAUGAACUUUAUGGAUAUGACGGUAGUGUACAAUUUAACCGUUUUUCUCGAUCGCCUGGAAGCCAUAUUUCACGUGAGACGUCAGAGAAUUGAGUAAAGUGAUAACUUUCUUUCAUAUUAUCCCGACAAAGUGGGGUUAGAAUCGACAAUGUCGGGAAUGAAAGGGAACGGCGUAGGAUGGCCAUGUACUUUUGAAAUGGAAGCCAAAUUGAAGGGGUCGAGGAACAAAGCGACUGCCAUCGAAGUGACCCCUGCAUCUGUGAAUUUUGUCAACAGUCUCUUCGCUUAAGAACAGAAGUUGCCCAAACUAUCUGUAAGAAAUUAUUCAAGCUGUUACACUCCCAACCUAACAAGGAGAAUCGAGACACCCAUAUAGUAAAAAUCAUCGGAGCCGAUAUCAGUCAUGGAAACUGCGAAUACUCCAGUAUUCCAGAUUGUUCUUGUUCUUUUGAGCGUUGUGUCUCAAUUUGCAAACGGGCAAAAUUGGAACACUGGAGACAGGGAUGUCAAAUGGCGAAUGAACUGUGACUUUCCUGGUCACGACAUUGCCCGCAUAGCCAGUCCAGGAGGAAACUGUGGUAGUCUCUGUAUCGCCAGCCCUAAAUGUACUCACUUUCGUUUCUCUCCCGAUGGAUUUUGUUUCCUGAAAGAUGCCACGAUAGACUUUCCAGUAACGAAUACCAGAGAGGGAUCGUGCGGAUUUAUACCCUGGAAAUUCGAAUCGGGAAGAGACCAUUGGAACAGCGAUAAAAGUGGCAUCAGAUGGCUUGCCAAUUGCGAUUUCUGGGGUCACGACAUUGAACGAAGUAGAAGUACCGGAGAAAAGUGUGGCGGCGUCUGCCUGGCUAAUCCCAAAUGCAACCACUUUCGUUUUGACGGCCAAUUUUGUUACAUAAAAAAUGCCCCGCUAUCGACUUCCCGUAUGGCCGUCAACGGCGGAGCGUGUGGAUUUAUCUCGUGGCGAGAUUUCAACAGCAACCAACCCGCAGCAGUCAACUCUUGCCCGAAUGUCGGCGGUUUGUCGUCUAGUUGCCGACCCAAUGUAGAUUGCUCCCUGUGGUACGACGUCUUACUGAAAACCCCAGGAACUUCCUGCAAAUUGGCUAAUAAUGGCCAAGGAACCUGUUGUCCCGAUCUACCCAAUAACAGGCGCACUAGAGGAGUUUUUAUGCAGUCCAUGGCCGUACCUUCUUUGAACAAAGAAUUGAUAUCCAAAAUUAAAUCUCAACUCAAGUCGGCCCUCGAGACGAGUAAAUUGCAAUUCCAGACAAUGCGCGACACGGAAGUCCGUCUAGUAGACAACAACAUCGUCGUCCGUCCCGGCUCUUCUUCUGCCCUGUUCUCACUCGUCUCCCACACGACUCCCGAGACACAGAAAAUCAAUUUCGGGGCUCUGCAGGAAACUUUUAUAGCCGACGAUAUCGUCAAAAGGUUUGGAGUUAAGCCGAAAGAUGUGGCCUCUGUUUUAAGCCAGAUCAACGUUCAGUGUCCACCUCCACCCGUCUGUAAGGCAGUGACUUCACCUUAUCGAACACCGGAUGGAUCGUGUAACAAUAUUAAGCAAUCGACCUGGGGCCAAUCACGCACCCAACUCCAACGCAUUCUCUCCCCAGAUUAUGCCAAUGGCAUCCGACUUCCGCGACGGGCCAAUAACGGAGGUGAACUGCCCAGUCCUCGUUUGGUAUCCGCAACCGUGGUAAGGGACAACCUCAAUCACCCGCACGAAUCCAACAGCUACUGGGUCACGCAAUUCGGCCAAUUUACGGAUCACGACAUAACUCAAACUGUUGCAUCUAAAAUGGAUGAUUUAAAGGACAUCGAAUGCUGUGCGCCCGACGGUCAAUUCCUUGACAGUAGGAACGUCCAUCCGGAAUGCCUACCCAUCGACAUCCCGUCAAACGAUCCGUUUUUCUCCAGAUUCGGUCGCCGUUGCAUGACGUUUGUCCGCUCAGCUCCGGCACGAAGAGCCGAUUGCAAAUUGGGUUACGUCGAACAGAUGAACGACAACACCCAUUUUUUAGACGCCUCGCAAGUUUACGGUUCGGACGAGAAAAAAGCCAAAGAUUUGCGGUCGACUGUCAAUCAGGGCCACUUGAGGGUGACCCACUUUUGGAAAUUCCCUACCGGCCAUCACCAGUUUGACUUGCUUCCGGCAGACGAUGAAUUUACUGCUCCUUGUACGUUGUCCAAAACCCUGUCCGGAAUCGAUCCGCCAUCACACGUCAAGUGUUUUGACGCUGGCGAUCCACGAGCGAGCGAAAUUCCCGAAUUGGCCGUCACUCAAACGAUCCUCAUGCGUCAGCACAACAAACUUGUGGGCCAGCUGGCUGCUCAGAAUCCGCACAGGGAUGGUGAGCAUCUCUAUCAAGAGGCUAGACGCAUUCUUAUUGCUCAAAUGCAGCACAUUACCUACAACGAGUGGCUGCCCAUCAUCCUUGGCCGAGCUAAAAUGGUGGAGCUCGGUCUGUUGACGCUCAAGGAAGGAUUCAGCAACGAUUACGAUCCUAAUGUGAAUCCUUCCAUUGUGAAUGAAUUUGCAACUGUCGCUUUUCGUUUCGGCCAUUCUUUGGUCCAAGGCAAACACGAAUUGUUCGAUCACAAUAGGAAACUUACCGACUCGAUAAACUUACGCAAUCACUUUUUCAAAACGCAAAUGGUGUACACGCCCGGUAAUGUCGACAAGUUCCUCAUCGGAUUGGCGACUCAACCCGAUCAAAGUGUUGACAAUAUCGUCAGCGAGGAGCUGACCAAUCACUUGUUCGAAGAGGAAGGCAAAGGUUUCGGCCUUGAUUUAGUUUCUCUCAACAUUCAACGAGGCCGUGAUCACGGUAUACCUGGCUACAAUGCAUAUCGCGUUCUCUGUGGCCUUCCGCGAGCGAAAAACUUUGACGACCUUAAAGAUCACAUUCCUCAAGGGAUUGUUGACCAAUUCAAGUCCGUGUACGCCUCUGUGGACGAUAUCGACUUUUACAUCGCAGGUAUUUCGGAACGCCGGGCAGCUGGGGCGUUGGUAGGCCCCACUUUCCAGUGUAUCAUCGCCGACCAGUUUUUAAAACUGAAACAGGGCGACCGUUUCUUUUACGAUCUUGGCGGACAGUCUGGCUCAUUCACCGAAAGUCAGUUGCAGGAAAUUCGUAAAAUCAGUUGGGCCCGUAUCAUCUGUGACAACAGCAACAUUCAGACUGUUCAGCCGUUACUAUUCAAAUCUGUAUCUGGAUUGAACCCUAUCGUGAAUUGUGAUUCAACCUCCAUUCCUCGGAUGGAUCUUGGUCCAUGGGCGUCGAGAACGCCCGAUGAAGUUUGGCAUGUCGGCGAAGGUGGUGUCCAGUGGCACUUGGGCUGUGAUUUCACUGGUCACGAUGUAUCCAAUCAGGUUACAGCUGGGGAGAAUUGCGGCAGACUUUGCAUCAGCGAAAGUAGAUGUAAUGCGUUUAGUUUUCAUCAGGGCAAAUGUUUUUUGAAAAACAUACCGACAUCAUUGAGACGGAGUCCGGCGGUCGGAGGGAUCUGCGGUUUCCUUCCGUGGAAAUUUUAAACCCUUUGGUCUUCCUACCGUAUAUUAUUACUAUGGCGAUACAAUAAAUAGUGUUACCAAAGAAA